GGAGCAGAGCAGAGCCGGCGGGCGCGGGGCGGCGGCUGCGGGGAGGAGCCGCGGGGGACAGCGCUCGCGGGCGGCCGAGGAUGCUGCGGGGCGGCCGCGCCAGCGCCCCUCGCUCGUGACCGCGGCGCCGCGCCUGACGUAGCCGAAGCGGCGGGCCCCGCGCAGUCCUGCUCCGCGCACGCGCCCCGCGACCUCCCGGUGCUGACAGCGCGAGCGCGCGGCCCCGCGGGAGCAGCACGUCCCUACACCCAGUGAGGGGCUCAGACUUACAGCCCUGAGAUCAAGAGUCUCAUGCUCCACUGACUGAGCCAGCUAGACCCCCUGAUGAUUUUUCACUGUGUGACUUCCCAUUCUAGAAUGUAUGACAACAUGUCCACGAUGGUGUAUAUAAAGGAAGACAAGUUGGAGAAGCUGACACAGGAUGAAAUCAUUUCUAAGACAAAGCAAGUGAUUCAGGGGCUGGAAGCUCUGAAGAAUGAGCACAAUUCCAUUUUACAAAGUUUACUUGAGACACUGAAGUGUUUGAAGAAAGAUGAUGAAAGUAAUCUGGUGGAAGAGAAAUCAAACAUGAUCCGGAAGUCACUGGAAAUGUUGGAGCUUGGCCUGAGUGAGGCACAGGUCAUGAUGGCUUUGUCCAAUCACCUGAACGCUGUUGAGUCCGAGAAGCAGAAACUGCGUGCACAGGUUCGUCGGCUCUGCCAGGAGAACCAGUGGCUUCGGGACGAACUCGCCAAUACGCAACAGAAAUUACAGAAGAGUGAGCAGUCUGUGGCUCAACUGGAGGAGGAAAAGAAGCAUCUGGAAUUCAUGAAUCAGUUAAAAAAAUACGAUGAUGACAUCUCUCCAUCCGAGGACAAAGACACCGAUUCCACCAAGGAGCCCCUGGAUGACCUUUUCCCAAAUGACGACGAUGAUCCCGGUCAAGGAAUCCAGCAGCAGCACAGCAGUGCGGCGGCGGCCGCGCAGCAGGGUGGCUACGAGAUCCCAGCGCGGCUGCGCACUCUCCACAACCUGGUCAUCCAGUACGCCUCUCAGGGGCGCUAUGAGGUGGCCGUGCCGCUCUGCAAGCAGGCCCUGGAGGACCUGGAGAAGACUUCCGGCCACGACCACCCGGAUGUGGCCACCAUGCUGAACAUCCUGGCUUUGGUGUACAGAGACCAGAAUAAAUACAAAGAUGCUGCUAAUCUACUGAACGAUGCCUUGGCCAUCCGUGAGAAAACUUUGGGCAAAGAUCAUCCCGCGGUGGCAGCAACUCUGAAUAACCUCGCAGUUCUUUACGGCAAAAGAGGGAAGUACAAAGAGGCCGAACCGCUGUGUAAAAGAGCUCUGGAGAUCAGAGAAAAGGUUUUGGGAAAGGAUCACCCCGACGUUGCCAAGCAGUUAAAUAACUUGGCCUUACUGUGCCAGAAUCAGGGCAAGUACGAGGAAGUAGAAUAUUAUUAUCAAAGAGCCCUCGAGAUCUACCAAACAAAACUGGGGCCGGAUGACCCCAAUGUGGCCAAAACGAAAAAUAACCUGGCAUCCUGCUAUCUGAAGCAAGGAAAAUUCAAGCAAGCAGAAACACUGUACAAAGAGAUUCUCACUCGUGCACAUGAAAGGGAGUUUGGUUCUGUCGAUGAUGAAAAUAAACCCAUUUGGAUGCACGCUGAAGAAAGAGAAGAAUGCAAAGGAAAGCAAAAGGAUGGGACAUCUUUUGGAGAGUAUGGCGGCUGGUACAAAGCCUGCAAAGUUGAUAGUCCAACUGUUACAACUACUUUGAAAAACCUUGGGGCACUUUACAGACGUCAGGGCAAAUUUGAAGCUGCAGAAACAUUGGAAGAAGCAGCCAUGAGGUCCCGUAAACAGGGUCUUGACAAUGUUCACAAACAGAGAGUAGCUGAAGUGCUGAAUGACCCUGAGAACAUGGAGAAGCGCAGGAGCCGGGAGAGCCUGAAUGUGGACGUGGUCAAGUACGAGAGCGGCCCUGAUGGAGGGGAGGAAGUGAGUAUGAGCGUAGAGUGGAACGGGGAUGGCACUGGAUCUUUAAAGCGCAGUGGUUCCUUUAGCAAACUCCGGGCUUCAAUUAGACGCAGCAGUGAGAAGCUGGUUAGGAAGCUGAAGGGAGGAAGUUCUCGAGAGAGUGAGCCAAAGAACCCCGGCAUGAAGCGUGCCAGUUCCCUGAAUGUCCUUAACGUGGGUGGCAAGGCCGCUGAAGACCAUUUCCAAGAACGAAAUACUUGUCUGGCAGACUUGUGAGCUCUGAGUGCCAGCCACCCUGACCUGGCCCACUGAGGGCCGAGGCAGAGCUAGAUAAACCCCCUGAGACUAACGAAGCACCGAGACCCUCCAAGUUUUGCCACGCCCCUCCCCGCUCUGCAGGGGACCCACCUCCCAGGUUGCUUCCGUUCCUAGAUAGUGCUGUCCGCCACCUCGGGGAGGUUUGGCCCGAGUUCUGUUAGGCUGGCUGCGGCACUAGCGACCAAGAGCUGCUGAAGUGUGAGUGUGAGACCGGCCGGGCGUGGCGGCCCAAGUGGCCCACCAGCCCCGGCAGCUGGCUUCAGCACGUUCAGAGUCGGCCGCUGCUCACGGAUGCUUGUACUUCCUGCCAUUACACCAGAAUCGAUUUUAAAUUUUAAUACCGGAUUAAGGCUGUAAAUUGAGACUCUGGAACUUUAUGCUGCACCCUUCUAGACUAAGCAUCUGAUGAGCUCUGGCAGUGCUGCCUGGAAUUCAGAGAGUGGGUGACUUGCCAGUGGGUCUGGGUCUCUGCUGAGUCCCGCUCCUGCAGUGUGGCCCCUCCACGGCUCUGCCGGACACUCCGCGGGCUCCUGAGCCCGCCCCCGUGGAGCCCGUUCUCCCUCUGCCGGCCCGAGUGCUGAGCAGGAAGAGAUGCGGGAUUUAUUUUUAAAGUUUUUUUUGUAGCAUUAAGUAACACGGGGUAGGUUUUGACAGGAACAUUUCGCAGUUCACCGGGGCCCUGCCUGUGAGGGGAUGCGUGAGGCUCAUGGGUAGGUUUAGAACGUCCUGAGCAGACGACAAGGGGUUUGUGGCUCCUGGUGGCAGCGGCGGUAAGAAGGGCCUCGUCCAGGCCAGUGGGCGGGAGUGUGAAGACGCAGCAGGUCGAUGAGGGGGAUCGAGAAACUUGGAGCGUCCCCGUGGUGUGCUGCUGUUUGUGACGUUAAUGUUUGGUGGUGUCACCGCAAGGGUACAUGCUUUUGUUUGUCCUCAGUCACCUCUCCCUCCUGAAUUGCACUCAGCUGGAGUACGUGCUCACCGGGACUCCCUGAGGGGUUGCCCCGGGGGCCUCCACAUACUGCACGUGUCCUUCCGGGGCUGCAGGCCCGAAACCGUUCAGAAAUGUCCCAUCAUUUAAGACCACAGGAGCACGUGGCCUCGCCUGCCGGUGUUUGUGGCCAUGUGCUUGUUCCCGCCCAGAGACUGGCGCUCUGUGUCCUGCCUGCAGGAGCCCGUGCGUCUGGCCCGGUGUUGCAGCUUCCGAGGGACCAGGAACUUACUUUGUAAACGCUCCAGAGUUGGUUUACACGUGGGAUGGGUUGUGAGACACUCGAGCCAAGGGAACGCGUGAGCCGUGUCCCCGCAGAGGCACUGUGUGCUCUGCACUUCCCUUCGCGGUGCAGGGGGUGUCGGGGUGUGAUGUGGCUGGUCCCCCUCCCCUCCAUCCCCAGUGCUCCUCGGGCCACGAAGCGGAUCCAGGACAUUGGAAACCUACCCAGUUUCCCUUAGUGACACUUGGAUCUGGAGAACAUGGGGCUGAGAACAGGAUUUAACGUUGCACUCUCACGUGGUGGGAACCGGCCACCGUGCAGGGGCCUUGGUCAAACCGCCCCGCUUGGUUCUCUGAGGGCCGACGUUGCCUUGUGGGGCUGUGAGGAAAUGUGGCCGGGGUGAGAGAAGCCCGGCGGCCUCCUUAAACCAGGUCGUUAAGAAACCUUCCUGUCUCGGGACACUGCCUGGAAAUCUGUGCUGAUUUUUGAACUUGUAUCAAAACAGAAAUGAGCCUGGUUAUCACUACUUCA